AUGACUCCUUCGAAAUGGACUAGUGGCAGUGAGAAAGGUUUUGGUGUCUGUCUAGGGAACAUGAGCUUUGGCCUCUGGAUGGUUUUUAACUCUGUUACCAACAAUCUGAAUUUAAUUGAAUUUUCAUUUGGUUUUGUUCUUCAAAAGGAGGUAGAAUUAGAUUUUGUUGUUGGAAUGUUGGGGUUGCUUUUGAUAGCAAUUAUCAUGGGAUCAGCUUGUUGUGUUGCUGCAAAGGAUCAAACUAUUCCCAGCAGAACUGGAGGUGAACGUUUACAUAGAAAUGCUGUAUGUUCGCCACCAUGGAGUUUUCGAUGGGAUAGUUGGGGCCAUGUUGGUCGAGAAAUUGAGAAUCCUUCCUUUCAGACAUCUCGUGGAGUCAGUAGAAAUGCUAGCAUGGAGUUUAAAGGAUCGUUAAGUUCUGAAAGAGGCCAUUUUUCUGAUAGGGUCAGCAACCUAGAGAAUUCUGUAACACCUAUAUCUCUGAAGUCCCCUGUUCAUGAUCAUUUGGCUAGAAGUCAGAUGACUCCAUCUUCAGAUCUAUCUAUGUCAAGUAAUUGCUCUGCAGUGGUGAAGAAUCUGAUGAUUGAAUCACCUGAGAUUGCAGAAUGUUCAGUACCAAAUUGUUCAAUAUCUUCAGUUUUCCCAACUCCUACAUCAGAUUCAAUGCCUAAUCAUAAUUAUCACAAUCUUCCUAACUCAAUGCCAUCCAGGUGGGCUCAUCGGUCUCCGGGACACCCACUGUCGAGACAAAUAUCUGAUAGUCGGAUUCUGGGUGUGAAAUCACCUGACACAUCAAUUUCUGAAGGCAGGCCAUCAUUUGUACUCUCCAAUUGCAGCAACGAUAUGGCAUCAGGAUCCCAAUGUGGUUCAUCUGAUGGCUGGUCUAUGCGCACCUUUUCUGAAAUGGUAGCCUCAUCUCAAAAGGAAAGGUGGUCUUUUGACAGCGAGUAUUCAGGUUCAGGUCGUCACAAGAUAAGUGGAAUAAGUAGCAGGUUUUCUUAUUCUCCCUCCAUGGACGUACAAUCUUGUGGGGCUUGUUCCAAGCUCCUGACUGAGAGAUCUGCAUGGGGAAGCCAGAAAUUUAUGGGCUGCAGUGACCUCUCAGUUGUUGCUGUACUGGUGUGUGGUCAUGUUUAUCAUGCGGAAUGCUUGGAGACUAUGACACCAGAGGCAGAUAGUUAUGAUCCAGCUUGUCCAAUUUGUAUGAUUGGAGAGAAGCACUUGUCAAAGUUAUCCAAAAAAGGCCUUAGGAGUGAAUCAGAGACCAAGACCAAGAACUACAGGAUAUCCAGAAACCGAGUAGUUGAUAGCUACCUUGAUGGUGGGUUAGAUGUUUUUGAUCGCCUAAAAGAGGUAGUUACUAAGAUGGAACCUAGCUCCAGUAGGAGUUCAUUUGGAAAGCCGUUCUUGAGGCGACGUUUUUCAUUGGGAUCUAAGUGGAGUCGGUCCUUAUUGGAGAAUGAUUCUGUAAGGAAGAAGGGCUUUUGGGCGAGAUACCGCAAAGACUGA